ACUCUUACAAACCACCAGACAUCCUGCAAUAGCGACUUCUUGAUUGAUUUGUCGUUAGAUUGAAACAAGGAGAAUCUCGUCACAAUCAUCGAAACGAUGGCAUCCCGACAGAGUAUUGCCCGAAACGUCGCCAGCAAAGCAGUCAGCCCAUCGACCGCCAAAACAACCACAACCACCACAACACGAAAUGCAUCCAGCUAUCUCUCCCAACAUUCCUCGCGACGAGCCCCCACCGCCACUACCCUCUCCUACGGUUCUCGAGCAGCUCGGAAGCAACAUCAAUUCAAACGCAGCGUCUUCGCCAUCGCAGCAGCAGGCGGCCUCGCCACAGCCUCUCAGUUCUAUUUGAACAAUGGCAACGUGAUUCGCCAGGCACAUGCCGAAUCGCCACCACAAGACGAAGAAAAUCCUCUCGUCUUCGAGAAGAGCCGCAAGAAGAAGAAUGUCAGCGUUGAGGAAAACCGCGAUAUGAUCAGUAGCCAGCAUCAUCAGGUCAAACAGAGCUGGGAGAAUCCUGGCGUCUACGCUUGGGGGAGCAAUACGGGAAAUGUGGUGGCUCCGGACAGCGAGGAGACUUAUAUCAAGACUCCGAGGAGAUUGAAGUGGUUCGAUGGCAUGUUGCUGCGGGACAUCAAACUGGAUCGCAAUUUUGGAUGCGCGAUUGAUGAGAAGGGCGAUUUGAUUCAGUGGGGGAGCGGAUUCAUGGCGAAUUUGAAGACGCCCGUGAGGACUCUGGUGGGCAAGGACUUGGUCAGCUUGAGCAUCUCCAAAGAUCGGAUUAUUGGAUUGGGCAAGGGAGGGAAGGUCUACAGUAUUCCUGCCUCUGCCGAGGAGCAAGAGACGGGGAGCAAACCGAGUGAGGCAAGUGCCUGGAUUCCCUUCUGGAGUGGGAAGAGUAACAUCUCGUAUCGGGAUUUGACACCAAAGGAUAUGGCACGAGGGGAGAAAGUCAGUUCGAUUUCUGCUGGACUAGAACACGCACUUUUCUUGACGUCCAAGGGUCGUGUGUUCUCUGCAGCUGCCGCAUCGGACGCGUUUCCAUCGCGAGGACAACUCGGUAUCCCAGGUCUCACAUGGUCCUCGAGACCUGAAGGCGCUUUUGACCAACCCCAUGAAAUCACUACCUUACGAGGCUUCGAGAUUACCGAGGUGGCCAGCGGCGAUCAUCAUGCUCUCGCCCUCGAUAAAGACGGCAGGGUCUUCGCUUGGGGCGAUAACAUGUCUGGCCAACUCGGCUUUGAGGCCUCAGCCGAAAGCUCAGUUGUCGACGUGCCUAGUCUCCUGCCCACACAAAGGCUAUACGCUGGAACAAGCCAACAACCACGCAUCACGCACAUCGCCGCCGGGGGUGAGAAUAGCUAUAUGACAGUUGAAGCUACACGUGUCGCCUCUCGAAAAGACGAUCCCCAUGAUCCCCGAACAAAGAUGCAAAUCGGCCGCGUCACAGCAGAUACAUUCGCCUUCGGUUCGGGAAUUCGCGGAAACUUGGCAAACAACCGUUGGACACAUGUCCAAAGCACCCCAGCGAAGAUCCCGUCCUUGUCUGGCCUCUUCGAAUACGACGAGACGUCACACACUACUGUACCGAUCCGCCUGCAGUCUCUAUCCAUAGGUUCCACGCACGCAGCAGCUGUGAUGAAGAACAUCACCUACACAGCUGCAUCCUCCAAAACCGACACCGAAGACUCCACGAACUGGGGCGCGGAUAUUGUCUUUUGGGGUGGCAAUGAGCACUACCAAUUAGGCACGGGAAGAAGAAACAAUGUUUCAGCUCCGACAUAUCUGCAACCACUGGACAUGGAAGCGGAGAUUAGGCGAGCGAAGAAGAGUUCGGGUGCGAAGGAGGAGCACAGAUUCCAUAUCACACCAAGGGCAUAUGUCCAGCUGGGUGAUGGCAGAUGGAGAAGUGUGGAACAGAGAGUCGAGUGUGGAAGAGGUUGUACGGCCGUGUACAGCGGUACAUAGUCUCUCUCUCUUUCCUCUCUCUGGCCCGCUUUACUCCAGUGACUCUCUUCGUUUGUGCUAGAAGUGCCACGAAUAGAUCAAUAUCAACGAGGAUGAAUGGAUGAAUGGGCUGUAUACAUACAUAGAUACUAUUGUAAAUGUGAUGUACAUUACAUGAUAGUUAGGUAGGACAAACAGAGGUUUCUAC